AUGUCUAAAAAUCCACCUUCAUCUUCACCAACACAACAACUCCAACCCUAUGCCCAAUCCAAAUUGGAUAUCUCUGGUUCAUGUGUUGUUUGUUCAAUAGCCUACACAAUCAAUUCAAAACUCUCACAAGAAAAAAAACCACAAGUACCCAUCGAAAAAUUUCUUCAAACAGCAAUCAAACAUAAAUUCUUCUCUACCAAAGGACAUGGCAUUCACUCGAAAGGAAGUGCAAAUCUUGGAAGGUUAUUUGGAAAAGUAGAGUGGGGAUUCUUUGGAAAUUCUCAAGAGGAAGACGAAUUUUCAGAUGACGACGAUGAAAUAGAUCCACAAUGUAGGAAGAGACAAUUCUUUGAUUGUGAAAAGGAUUCGUAUAGAGAUGGACCUGAACUGAUUAGAGAAAAAUUGAGAGAGGCAGGAGGUUAUGUUGUGGUUGGUGUGAGAUCGUGCAUGAGUUCGAUGAGUAGGGCAACCACUCAUGCAGUAGUUGUGCUUGGAAUUGAUGAUUCGAAUAGAGUAACUAUUGCAGAUUCUUAUUCACAUUUUACAAAAAGAAAUGAACCUAAUGCAAUGUUUCCUUAUGGAAAACCAAAUUGGGAAUUUUCACCUGGAAUUUAUACAGUUGAGUGGAGUGAAUUUGAUGCAUCUUGGAAUUCAAGAGAUGAUUAUGCAGGAGAGGAUGAUUUGGAAAAUGAUGAAGCAUUUUCAGAUUUUAAUGUUAAAGAGGAAGGAUUCAGAUUUUGGAUGAUUAUUAAACAUGACCACAAGUUAAUUUCCAAAAAUUGUAAAUAA